UUCUCUUCUUUUAUGGUUUCGUUAUUAUAAUCAUCGUCAUCAUCAUCAUUAUUAUUGUUUUCGAUGGAUUUUGCGUUUUAUAAGUUUCCUUUCACACUGGAUGGAUUUGGUUAGGUUUGUAUCUAUUGUGGAUAUGGAAUAUUUUAUUUAUUUAAUUUAUUUAUUUUGGUGUUGCGUAAACUUGGAAUGCAUUCUGCUAUUGCUUUACCAUUAAAUGUUGUGGUCUUUAAUUUCUUUGGUUUUGGUUCUCACAUGUUGAUUGUGUAAUUCCUCCGGCUAUGAGUAAUUUCGUUGAAGUGAAUGGAGUAAACCAUCAGUACCUUAAAGAUUUGGCGCUAACAAAAUAGACCUGGAAAGAAUGAAAAUUCCUCAUGGCUCUCGAAAGAAUAUCGAAGUUUGACAAAAUGUUUAUGGGUGGGAUAUCAUACAUACUUCUUAUCAGCUGUCUUGGAUUGACUCAGGUUGCUCCUUAUGAGAGACCUGCACUAAGCAAAGGAUUUUUGCUUCCGGAAGCUCCUGCUCGGCUUCCAUCUUUUCAUACUUGUGUUGGUGCAAACGAAGAACGGCUAACUCCAAAAUGGUAUAAAGAAAAUGGAAUUGAAUUAGUACUUGGAACCGGUGUUAAGUCUGCUGAUGUGAAGCGGAAGACACUAUUAACAACAACCGGGGAGACCAUAAGUUACAAGAUUCUUAUUGUUGCAACUGGUGCUCGGGCUUUGAAGCUGGAAGAAUUCGGUGUGAGUGGAUCUGAUGCGCAAAAUGUCUGCUAUUUACGUAAUAUAGCAGAUGCAAAUAGGCUUGUCAAUGCUGUGCAAUCUUCUCCUGGUGGGAAUGCUGUUGUCAUUGGUGGUGGAUACAUAGGCAUGGAGUGUGCAGCAUCUUUAGUGAUCAAUAAAAUUAACGUAACCAUGGUCUUCCCUGAAGCACAUUGCAUGGCUCGUUUAUUUACACCAAAGAUUGCAAGCUACUAUGAAGAAUAUUAUAAAUCAAGAGGAGUAAAUUUCGUUAAGGGAACUGUUCUGUCAUCAUUUGAUUUUGACUCUGAUGGAAAGGUUACAGCAGUGAAUCUUAGAGAUGGAAGGAAGAUAUCUGUUGACAUGGUUGUAGUGGGAAUUGGAAUACGUCCAAAUACCGGUCUGUUUGAAGGUCAACUUACUUUAGAGAAAGGUGGAAUCAAAGUAAACGGAAAGCUGCAGUCAAGCAACAGCUCGGUCUACGCAAUUGGAGAUGUCGCGGCAUUUCCAGUCAAAGCAUUUGGGGAGACUCGUAGACUUGAGCAUGUGGAUUCAGCACGGCAAUCCGCAAGAUAUGUUGUUGCUGCUAUUAUGGAACCUGGUAAAACAGAGGAAUUUGAUUACCUUCCCUUUUUCUACUCAAGAGUCUUCACAUUGUCUUGGCAAUUUUAUGGGGACAACAUUGGAGAAGUCGUCUAUUUCGGAGAUUUUUCCGGUAGUACAUUCGGAGCAUACUGGGUAAACAAGGGCCACCUUGUUGGGGCAUUCCUUGAGGGUGGGACUAAAGAAGAGUACGAAGCUGUAGCUAAGGCCACUAGGUUUAGGCCAGCUAUUGAAGACUUAACCGAGUUGGAGAGGCAGGGUUUAACAUUUGCAGUUACUGUUAGUCAAAAACAGUUGUUGUCACCACCACAGAUUCAGGUGACCUCCUCCACAGACCUAGUUUUGGAGAAACCGUUAUAUGCUUGGCACGCUACGGCUGGGGUUAUUCUUGCUGCAUCAGUGGCUGCAUUUGCAUAUUACUAUGGGAAAAAGCGCCGCAGAUGGUGAACCUUUCUGGAGAAGAUUAUUAGUUCAAGGGUGUCAACAUAUACUAUAUACAGAUUCGUAAGCUGUAACAUUGAUAGGCUUAGGAUAUUUUGACAUACGUAAUUGUAUCCGAAUUACUGGACUAGAGUUGUUCAGUUCCAUUGUGCAUACGGUGUUAUUGUUGUACCAAAACAACCAAGAAAGCAAAAUAUAAAUGGCCAUCCUUCUUCGGAAGAUAUUCUUGUAAGAGAUCAAA